CUCGCGUCUGCUAGCCAGCUCGCCGUCGCGACCCGCGACUGAACGCAUCUCCUCGAUUCCACCUCCAUUGCACGCGUGCAGCCACCGCCAUCAUGUCUGCCGAAGACAUCACCGACGAAUUCAUCACAUACGAGAACCGUAUGGGCUCGUUUCACAGGAGCGUCAAGAAGCGAGCUUCAGGCGCGAAUGGACGGGCCAAGAACCUGGCCUGGCCUCAUCGAAACAUUGCGCCCGCGAGGCUUGCCCACGCCGGUUUCUUCUUCAACCCCAGCCCUACCAACCCCGACAACGUCACUUGCUUCCUCUGCCACAAGGGGCUUGAUGGCUGGGAGGCUGGCGAUGAUCCUCUCCUCGAGCACCUCAAGCACGCCCCGGAAUGUGGCUGGGCCAUCGUGGCUGCCAUCGAAGCCGAGCUAGGAGAUCAUGCGAGAGAGGACCCCAACCAUCCCUACAUGAAGGAAGCCCGAAAAGCGACGUUCGCUGGGAGGUGGCCUCACGACUCCAAGAAGGGAUGGAAGUGCAAGACUAAACAGCUGGUCGAUGCUGGUUGGAAAUACACACCAACCUCGGACUCCGACGACAUGGCUACUUGCGUCUACUGCCAGUUGGCCCUCGACGGUUGGGAGCCUGCCGACAAGCCACUCGACGAACAUUACAACCGAUCCCCCGACUGCCCAUUCUUUUCAUUGCUCGAGCAAACACAGGGCGCAAAGAAAGCCAGUAAAUCGAAGGCUGGCCGCGCAUCUAAGGCAUCGCGACUGUCUGUCCAAUCCGUCGCUACAACCACAUCAGAAGCUCCGUCAAUCAACGAGUCAAUGGCUCCAGAGGACAGCGUGAUGACUACCGCCUCUACGCAAGGUGGUAAGAAGACGAAGGCGCGGAAGACCGCCACUGGCAAGGGAAGGAAAACCAAGGCCAAGAAGGAGGAGCCCGUUGAGGAGGUGGAGGACGCCAUUGAGGAUGAGGCUCCUCCGCCACCAAAGCCCACUCGUGGAAAGAAGCGAGCGAGCACAGCCAUGGAAGACUCAGCUCUGAUCACCGCCGAAGCGCCGGCUUCGAAGAAGCGAGCGACUUCGAAUCCGAGCAGCCCUACAGUAAACCACUCGGUUCUUGAGCCCAUUGACGACAGUGAUAUGACGGAUGCGCCAGCUCCCAAGAAGACGGCUGGGCGUAAGAAGGGCCAAGCGUCAACGGGCAGGGCUCGUCAAGCAUCGACUGCAUCGGCUGCGUCAGCCGCCUCUGCAGCGUCUAUGGCAUCCGUCCCCGGAGCCUUCCCCGACGACGACGAGAUCGAACGUCAGCUAGAGGCCGACCUUGAAAGACAGCUAAGCGAGGAUGACGAGGUUACUCUUGACUCUGACUCUGAGCGAAUGAAGAGGAGCAAAGGAAGCCGAACUUCAGACACCCAGAUCGAGUCUGUCCAGGAGUCGAAGGAUUACGCCAUGUUCAAACCUGCACCCGCUGAGCUUGAUGACGAUGAGGUUGAGGAUGAGCUCAAGGCACUCGAGGCUGAGAUGGGGUUUGAAGAGCCUCAUGUGAUCGAGGAGCCCGAGGAACCACAAGAACUUGAGGAGCCGCAAGAACCCGAGGAACCCCAGGAACUACACGUUCCCAAGAAGGGGCGGAAGGCCGGUACUCGCAAGGCCUCAAAACAGACCAAGGCUAAGAAAGCUAAGGCCACUCCAGAACCCGUGGAGGAAGAAGUGGAGGAGGAAAUCGUGGCCCCUGAACCCGAGCCUGAACUCGACGAACAGCUCCACGAGGACAGCCUGGUCAGCACCGGCACCGUUGUUGUUAAGAACUCGGCGGCGGCGGCGCGGCUGAGUACUGGAAGGCGAGGGCGUGGACGACCAUCCAAGGCGUCUCUUGCCUCCCGGGAGUCUACGGGCGCCGUCGACCUCGUUGAGCCUGCGGUUGACUCCUCCGUCGACCCUCCUGCCGAGCCUGUUGCUCAAACGGCUGCUAAGCGCGGACGCGGGCGCCCAUCCAAGGCAUCUUUGGCUUCUCGAGCAUCAAUUGAAGGAGAGAACAGCCAGGUUGACGAAGCUCCUCCCAAGCGUGGUCGUGGUCGACCUUCUAAGAAGUCAACAGAGGCUCGUCAGUCGAUGGAGGACACAAAGGCAGUCAAAGAUGACGUCGACGAGUACGCAGCCGAGCGUGUUAAGAACACCAAGCCUCCAGUGGUGUCUUUCGAGGAGCCACAGUCGUCCCCGAUGGUGCACGACGUGGCUACAUCACCACCUCCCAGCGCUAGGCAUUUGGCAAACCCUCCUUCAACACCAGGCAGGGUCAUCUCGCCCGCGCCAUCAGCCCGACAAGCGGCCAUCUCUCCGUCCCAGUCGCCCCAGUCCUCCGACGCCGAGAAUCAGCCCCCAUCGUCGAAGCCUGCUGCCAGCGUCAAGCGAGUUGCGCUGGCGCCUGUCGUGGCAACGCCUACGCGCGGCUCGCCGUCAAAGCGCAACAUGAUUGCAGGACUCCGAAGCACGACUGCCUGGACAGAACUCGAUGUCGAGGCCGUCCUCAUGUCUCCGCGCCCCAACGGCAACAAGGAGAACAGCGCCGAGCAGUUCCUUAAGCAGGGCAAGACUCUCACGUCGCCCGAGAAGCGGAUGACGGUGGAAGAGUGGAUUCUCCACAACGCCGGCGAGGCGGAGAAGAAGCUGAAGCAGGAGUGCGAGGCCAUGGUCAGCCGGUUUGAGAGCGAGGGCAGCAAGGCGAUGCGCGUGCUGGAGGGCUUGGUGGUGGAAUGAUGGAUGCUUGAAGUUGAAACAGCGGCGUUGGAACCAGGAACACGGGAACAGGAUACGGGACAUGGGGCUCCCUCGGCUGUGUCAAGCCCAAAUGGAAGAGCCGGGAGGCUGAUGAGGAUUAAUUGCACCGUCGCGCGAACGGAUGGGAUACAUGGAUGGCGUUUCGGGACAACU